GGGGGUUGGGCGAGGAACGCGGUAGCGUCGGUAGAUGAAGCGGAACGGUGUGUCGUGAACGCGGUUCGAGGCUUCUCGCGUCGACGUUUAGUCGACGUUCUUGGCCAAGGGACAAAGGCAUUGGCGGUGAUCUACGAACGAACGCGAAGUCGGAGGCAGUUACGGACUCCGAAAGUCCGGAUAGACACGAGAGAGGGUAUUUCACGAGUUUGCGAAAUUGCGGCGCGGCAGUGGCGGUCGAACAGGAGCAAAGAAGUGGCGUGGCGAGAAGAGGAGGAGAGUGGUGGGGGCGACGUGGUGCGACGGCACUGAUGGCAGUGUGAGGUUGGUCGUGCGCGUCUGUAGCUAGGUAUCUGUUUGACGUGCUGGUGUCGUCGCCGAGGUGCAUUCGAGAUUCGGCGAGCCGUGUGUGCGGCGCGGGUGGCAGUCGCGAGGUCGAGAGAAGCGUGAGGAGAGAAAGGGAGAGAGAGAGAAAGAGUGAGGGAGCGAAAAGAGGGAAGGGUGAGAGAGAGAGAGAGAGAGAGAGAGAGAGAGAGAGAGGGAAAGAGUGAGGGCACAAUCAGGAGAAAUAAUCGACGGCACAUAAUCCGACGUCUCCGUGAACACGUCCGUCAAGUCCUCCGAUGUCUAGUGCUGAGGUGGCGGAGAGCUCCGUUGAUCCCCCAGCCAAGAAGCGACGCGUUGGUGCUGCCAGCACGACGGGAGGAGCCGACGACGAGCUGACGACGACGAACGUGGCGGAGAUGGACGUAGACAUGGCGAAGAACGGCUCCACGAGCUCCAGCAGCGGCAGCGGCGGUACCAUGGGCCGGGCGCCCGCCGAGAUCGACGAGGGUUUAUAUUCCAGACAACUCUAUGUCCUUGGACACGACGCCAUGCGCCGCAUGGCGUCCUCGGACGUGCUCAUCUCUGGCCUCGGUGGCCUCGGCGUCGAAAUCGCCAAGAACGUCAUCCUCGGCGGUGUCAAAUCCGUCACGCUUCACGAUCACGCCGUGUGCAAAUUGGCCGAUCUAGGCUCGCAGUUUUAUCUUACCGAGGCGGACGUAGGUAAGAAUCGUGCAGCAGCGUGUUGUCAACGUCUAUCAGAGCUGAACAAUUACGUACCUACUCGCCACUACUCCGGCCCAUUGAACGAGGCGUAUAUUCAACAGUUCAAGGUUGUGGUGUUGACGGAAACACCGCUAACCGAGCAGCUACGCAUCUCGCAGAUUACUCGCGCCAACAAUAUUGCCCUAAUUCUUGCCGAUACUCGUGGCCUCUUCUCGCAGGUAUUCUGCGAUUUUGGUGAGACAUUCACAGUGGUGGACACAAAUGGCGAACCGCCUGUAAGCGCAAUGGUCGCCAGCAUCUCCCGCGAUAGUGAAGGCGUUGUCACGUGCCUGGAUGAUACUCGCCAUGGUAUGGAAGACGGCGACUAUGUGACUUUCUCCGAAGUGCAGGGCAUGACCGAAUUAAAUGGAUGUGAGCCGACUAAGAUCAAAGUGUUGGGACCAUACACUUUCAGCAUUGGCGAUACCUCUAGGUUCUCCGAGUACGUGCGGAGUGGUAUUGUGACGCAGGUGAAGAUGCCCAAAAUUUUGCACUUUACGCCAUUGCAAACUGCCCUGAAGAAACCCGAAUUUCUCGUCACAGACUUUGGCAAAUUUGAUUAUCCGGAACAGUUACAUCUGGCCUUUCUGGCACUACAUCAAUACAUGGCUGAUAGAGGCACAUUGCCGCGACCAUGGAAUCAGUCGGAUGCUGACGAGUUUAUUGCCAUCGCCGAACAAAUCAAGGCCAACUACGGUUUUGAUACUGAGAUUAAUGGCGAAUUGCUACGCACAUUUGCUAAGGUGUCCGGCGGAGAUUUGAACCCCAUGAACGCUACGAUCGGUGGUAUUGUCGCCCAAGAGGUAAUGAAAGCCUGCUCCGGCAAAUUUCAUCCUAUCUAUCAAUGGAUGUACUUUGACGCCAUCGAAUGUUUGCCCGUUGAUCAUUCAGAGCUUACCGAGGAAGAUUGCUGUCCCACGGGAUCACGUUAUGAUUCUCAGGUGGCUGUUUUCGGCAAGAAAUUCCAAUCCAAGAUCGGCAGCUUGAAAUAUUUUGUGGUCGGUGCUGGUGCAAUUGGUUGUGAAUUAUUGAAAAACUUUGCGAUGAUUGGUGUUGGUGCGGAAAAUGGUUGUGUCACGGUAACAGACAUGGACUUGAUCGAGAAGUCCAACUUAAAUCGACAGUUUCUGUUUAGACCGUCAGACGUACAACAAUCCAAGUCGGCGACAGCGGCCAGAGUAAUCAAAGGCAUGAAUCCUAACAUGAAUGUAAUCGCACACGAGAAUCGAGUGUGUCCGGAGACAGAGAAAAUCUAUAACGAUGACUUCUUCGAAGUGCUGGAUGGCGUGGCAAACGCGCUCGAUAACGUGAGUGCUCGAAUUUACAUGGAUCGUCGUUGCGUAUAUUACCAUAAACCCCUACUGGAAUCCGGUACGCUCGGCACUAAGGGCAAUACCCAAGUCGUGGUGCCAUUCCUCACUGAAUCAUACAGUUCGUCGCAAGACCCACCGGAAAAGAGCAUUCCUAUCUGUACGCUCAAGAACUUCCCUAAUGCCAUCGAACAUACUCUGCAAUGGGCCCGCGACAACUUUGAAGGCCUGUUCCGUCAAUCUGCGGAGAAUGCAGCGCAGUACAUUUCCGAUUCGCAGUUCGUCGAUCGGACGCUCAAGCUGCCCGGUGUGCAACCUCUCGAAGUAUUGGAAUCCGUCAAGACGGCACUAGUUGACGAGAGACCAUCAACCUUCACGGAUUGUGUGGCAUGGGCUCGUUGUCAUUGGCAGGAGCAAUACAGCAAUCAAAUCCGUCAACUGUUAUUCAAUUUCCCACCGGAUCAGGUGACUUCGAGUGGUCAGCCCUUCUGGUCCGGCCCGAAACGAUGUCCAGAACCAUUAAUUUUUGAUGUCAAUGACUCCCUGCAUAUGGAUUACAUCAUUGCCGCUGCUAAUCUCAAGGCCAAAGUGUAUGGAUUAUCCAUAACCCGUGAUAAAGAAGUGAUCACCAGGUAUCUUGACUUCGUUAAAGUACCAGAUUUCACACCCAAAUCCGGUGUGAAGAUAGCCGAAACAGAUUCACAGGUACAAGUGUCUAAUGGCAGCGGCAAUAUCGAUCAUGAACGACUGUCGCAGCUGCAAGAGGAGCUGCCGAAGACAGAGAAUCUGAACGGCCUGGCGAUUUACCCGCAAGAAUUCGAAAAAGACGACGAUAGCAACUUCCACAUAGACUUCAUUGUCGCGGCGUCCAACUUGCGUGCUACCAAUUACAAAAUCUCACCGGCGGAUCGACACAAGAGCAAACUGAUUGCUGGUAAAAUCAUCCCGGCGAUCGCCACUACCACCUCGGUGGUAGCCGGUCUCGUCUGUCUGGAACUUUACAAGUUGACCCGCGGCGUGCGCGACUUGUCGCUGUACAAGAACGGCUUCGUGAAUCUGGCGCUGCCAUUCUUCGGUUUUAGCGAACCGAUCGCCGCUCCUAAGCUCAAGUACUAUGACAUCGAGUGGACAUUAUGGGAUCGUUUCGAAGUAAAGGGCGAGUUGACAUUGAAGGAGUUCCUCGACUACUUUAAAGAACGCCACAAUCUGGAAGUGACAAUGUUAUCGCAAGGCAUCUGCAUGUUAUACUCGUUUUUCAUGGCAAAGGCCAAAUGUCAGGAGCGUAUGGGCCUGCUCAUGUCGGAGGUGGUGAAGAAAGUGUCGAAGAAGAAGCUGGAACCACAUGUGCGCGCUCUCGUGUUCGAGCUGUGCUGUAACGACGAAGACGGGAACGAUGUCGAGGUGCCGUACGUGCGCUAUACUCUACCCUGACUCACCCGUGCGGCCCCAGAUCGCGCCAGAUGAUGUCUACUUAACUAAGACACUUAGCCGUACAUAGUGAUUUCUACAAAUUUCUAUUUUACGACGAUGUAAUACAUACAGGAGACAUUACUGCUGCUGAUUCUCGUCUAUGAAUGCUGUGUGAGGCACUCUUUCUUUCUACAUAUAUAUAGAGAUUUUUUGUCAAAGAUGCGAAUUUUCACGCGUUACUACCGCCAGCGCUUAGUAGUAGUGAUCUUGAGUAGCAAGUGCGCGCAACAGCGAGGUCGGAUUCUUCGUUUCAUUUAGGGAAUAAAAUUCAUAGACGAAUUCUGUUUCCAAGUUUUCCCGAUCGCUACAAAUCUUGCCGGAUUAUGAUAUCAGAAGCGACAAAAUCAUACA